GAUGUAACUAUGUCAACAAUUUAAUUUGCAGUACUUACUACAAUACCUACAGUAUUGCAUUUUUACAAUAAAUAAUUCAAUUAUGUAUGUUGAAGCAUUUUAGUUGAUUACAAAAGUGUAAUUGUGGAAGUUUAGUUAACGUUUGUAUUACGAAGUACACACAUGAUGGGUUUGUUGAGCAUCUUGAAGAAGCUGCGUUCGCACCCGGACAAGGAACUACGUCUUCUACUUCUAGGUCUCGAUAAUGCCGGUAAAACUACGCUGCUAAAACAGUUGGCGUCCGAAGACGUGGACCACGUCACUCCAACUGCUGGAUUCAAUAUUAAAUCGGUGCUUUCCAGUGGAUUCAAGCUAAAUGUGUGGGAUAUAGGAGGACAGAGGAAGAUUAGGCCUUAUUGGAGGAUUUAUUUUGAAAAUACUGAUAUUUUGAUUUAUGUGGUUGAUUGCUCGGACCACCAGCGCUUAGAGGAGACAAGUCAGGAGCUAGCUGAGCUGCUGCAAGAUGACAAGCUCCGAGCGGUGCCUCUACUGGUCUAUGCCAACAAGCAGGAUUUGUCUACAGCAUUACCAGCCAGUGAGGUGGCCCAGAAACUUGGUCUUCAUUUAAUCAGAGAUCGCACUUGGCAGAUCCAGUCGUGCGUUGCUACUGACGGCACUGGAGUCAAGGAAGGCAUGGAGUGGGUAUGCAAGAAUAUUCCGGUAAAGAAAUAAAAUUAUAUUUUAAUAGCAAUAGAAUAUAAAUAAGAUUAUUAUAUAAUUUGCAAUUAUACAUUACAAUUACACUACUAGGUACAGGCGUGCGUGUGUCACACAUUAUGGAUCUCUAAGCCGCGGUAAUAGGGGUGAAUUUGCAAUGAAUGACGUUUGUGUGAUUAAUUUGUUAUAAAUAAGGAUAAGGAUUCCAAAGAUAUUAUGCUUGUUUAGAUUUAUUUUUUAUAAACAUUUGUUGUUGUUCAAAAAUGUUUAUUUAUUCGUAGGUAUUUAUUUACACAUUUGCUCGAAAUUUUACGACAUUAGUGUGAUUUUUUUCGACUCGAGUGUGUUGAAAAAUGUCGUGUAUCACUUCUCCAUAAUGGUUUACAAAGUUGCAAGUAUAGAUUACACAUACCUACAUAUAUCAGCAAAACAUAAUAGACGUAAUUAUAACCGUUGGAGCCAUACGUCUACGGAACACUAAAAAUAAAUUACAAGUGUAAGCGGAAUUCGUGUUUACUUUAUUUGGAAUGGGAAUAUAUAUAGUCACUAAAUAUUUAAAACAUAAUCACAAAAUAAAAUAAAAUCUAAAUAUCAAAUAUUACAAAAUUUACCAAAGAAGUAUAUAACAAUAUAUUUAUUAUAUUUUACACUAGUAAUAUGAGAAAAUUUACUAGUUUUUUUCUUUACAAUUUUAGCAUUCUCUCAUAAUAUUGCAGUUAACAUGUACGUACCUAUGUUUUACAAAUGAAUAUCCUUUAUUGAUUAAUUAUUCUAAAUGAACCCUCAACUCGUAAUUCGAAAUAUGCGAUUAAGGACCACUGAAUGAUAUUAGAAAUUUAAAAAAUCCGUCCAUAUUUUGCAAACAAAUCAUGUAUUUUUUUAUAUGUAUAAUUCGUUGAUUAAUUAAUUCGGACAUAUUCUCCGACCUAGAAUAUAAAUUUAGUUUAAUAUAAUUUGAAUGAAGAAGAAUUUGUGUUAUUCGAAAAAUAAAUUAUUAUUUUCGCCAGAGAUCUCACUCAAUCUUAAAUUUAGCGUAUAGGAUAGGAUUUUUUAAAAUCUAGUCACAAGAACUUUAAGUCUUUAUAAUUAAUUAUUGAAAUAUAAUUAAUUUACCGUGUGUUAUUUAUUUUAUGUAAAUACUUAUUAUUGUUAUUAUUAUAGAAAAAAUCUUAGCUAUAUAGUUGCACUUUGACAAUUACGGGAUAGUUGAUAUUAGUUAGAACUUUCUUCCAAUUAAAAUAAAUAAAAUACAGUUUUUAAUGCAA